AUGCAUACGAUUGAGGAUCGGCGUACGAUUGACGAGCGGCAUACGGUCGACGAGCGACAUGUUAUCGGUGAGCAACCUUUGGGUGAUGAGCUACAGAUGGUCGACAAGCACAUGAACGAGGAGCGGGUACGGUCGAGUAUCGGCACACGAUCGACGAGCGGGUUACAGUCAAUGAGUCGAUUACGAUCGAAAAGCGGAUACGGUCUCGGAUCGGAAGAUGGUCGAAGAGCGGCAUACAAUCGAGGAGCGGAGACAGUCGAGGAGCGGAGACGGUCGAGGAGCGGAGACGGUCGAGGAGUGGCGUACGGAAAUCCAGUGGUUUCAUUUAUGAGCGUACAAUACGCUUCCAAGCCGCAGUUUCUGCAGCAAUCAAUGCUUUUAUCAUCACAAGAACUUGGCGUCAUUUCAACUGUCAUCUGGUCGUUUUUAUUAUACCUGAACGAUGCAUGUGGUCAACUUUUAUUGAUGUGCUUUUCACUGGUAGAAGCAGUUAUUAAUUAUAGUAUAGCUACUCUUGAAUUUGCUAUACAAAUUGAAACUAGCUAUGUCCACAGUCGCAUCGUUAGUUGUAAACCACACGACAAUAUUAGGCACUGGAAGCUGAAUGUGGUCCAUACCCGUGACUUUUCAUUGCCUUCAGCUAUUCAAAGUCAGAUGGACCUGCUGUGGCGUCGUUACGAUGACCUAGCGCACGAAUUAUCGCACAACGACGGUAGCUUUUCAUCAGACAAGAUCACAGCUUUGUCGAUUGAAAUGGCAGAGCUGGAACCCAAAGUGACGGUAGUACGUGAAUUGCAAAAUCAGCAAAACGCGGCGAAAGAGCUGGAUGAAAUGAUUGCUGAGCAGGCGGAAAGUCGAUGA